AUGUUCUCUUUCGCCCGACGUUUAGUGGAUCGCUUAGACGGAUCAAAUCUUCUGCAUCAUCAGUCUGAUGAUGCCUAUUUCAAAGAGACCCUUAAAAUCAACAACAAUGGCUUUGGUCUUAGAGUGUUGAAGGUUAUACCCCAUUCCAGAGCCCACAAGCUUGGUCUCGAGGCCUGGUUUGACUACAUCGUGAGGAUUAACACGAACGAGUUGCCCAUGAAAUACCCUCAGCAGUCCGGGUACGGCAUUAAAGACGAUGGCGCUCUCAACUAUGGCUCAGUGUCUCCGGAGGUGGGCGUAAUAGAUUGGGACGUUUUAGCCCAGGAGCUAGAGAAUAUUGCCCAUAACAACGGGCCUAGAACAGUGGAGUUCGAUGUCUGGAGUGCUAAAGGUGGCGUGAUUCGCCAGAUCCGAAUCCCUCUUGACGAAUUUCACAGUGAAUUGAAGGCAGACACAGGUGCAGACGAAAAGGCUUACCUCAACAACUUCCAACAAAUUGGCCUCACAGUUCAAUCGGAGCAUUUAAAGAAUGCCACUUACGUCUGGCGUAUCCUCAAUACUCAUCCAAAUUCGCCUGCUUUUGAAGCAAAGCUUGUUCCCCAGUCUGAUUACAUCAUUGGUUGUGAUUCCUGCUUCGAGAGCGACGGCAAUGGCAAGGGUUUAUUAUCCAAUGGAGGAGAAAGAUUACUUUCACAGACAAUCUUGAGCUACUACAAUCAUCACAGCGCAUUGCAGCAAAAAGACAAAAUUCCAAUCCAGCUAUACGUGUACAACCACGAUUAUGACGUAUUACGCCCUGUGACAGUGCACUUAUCACGCGAGUGGUCAAAGGGUACAGUUAAAGGUAUCUUGGGUUGCGAUGUGGGUUACGGUUGGCUUCACCGCAUACCAGGGGUUGUUGGGAAAUUUGACAAUAUGGAGCCAAUUGAUGAUUUGAUCUUCGAAAACGACGCCGACUAUUCAUACAAACUACAACAAGAAUCAACUGAACAACAACACCCACGGUCUUUAAGUCAGCAAAGUACAGAGCCAAAGGGCCUCCUCCUUCCCUUCCUACGGCGCAACCGCUUGGCCCCCCACUGGCCCCUGCCCCACCAAAAUCCGCUAGAAAGAAAAAACACACUAAUCCAAGUGCAAACAUUGACCUCACAAGCUUCAUGA